GGCACGCAGCCGAUACCUGUGCGCCUACUUGGAAGACACAUAUACCUUCUCGUAUUCUCAUCGAGUCCACAGUUCUUUCAAGAGGUUCUCCUUAUCCUGUUGUCUCUAGCCGCCGGCACUCAACCCCAAUCACUUCGCUCUCGCCCUAGGCAAUUAUGCGCCACGCACCAUCCAAGUCGUCUUCGCACUCUAGCCCGUUCAGCUCUGAAGAAGAGAGACGCCGCAUUCUCUCCAAGCUCCCGCAGAACAUAAAGAUCCUCGCAGUCGCUCCCUCUCGUAUCUAUCAAGCCCCCUUCGGUGCGCGAGAGGACGCCUGGGCGUACACCGGCCUCAACGGCAUGCUGGUGUUCGGCCGCGAUCGCGUCGUCAUGCACGCGGAGAGGCCGUUGGGCUCGGGCCCUGGGACGAGCUUCGAACACAAGUAUUGGUUUAGACUCGUAGACACCGCGCCGGGCAAGGGGGUCAUCUGGGUGCACCCUAUCCCAACCGAAUUUCAAUACCGCCUUGACAAGCCGUUCUUCCAUAUCUUUCAUGGGAAGAGCCGGAUGUUCGGGAUUCGUUUCGAAGAGGACGUGCAUGCAGAGAGAUUUUAUAAGAAGAUGAGCGACUCACACGCUACGAUGCUCCCGGCACGAAAGAUCUCAAAGGCCCCCUCCCGCUAUGCCGCUCGUGCCACGACCAGCGUGACGAACCCCACCAAGAACCGCAUUCGCCGCUCGUUGAUAUCCGGCCCCGUGCCCGGUACUUUCGACCACGUCGCGCAUGCAGGCUUCGCGAACGGACAGUUCGAAGCGUCGGGCAAGGUCGAGCCCGAGUUGAAGAUCAUGGUCGAGCAGAUGCAGCGGCAUGGCAUCUCGCUCGACGGACUGCACAAGCAUCGCGUGGAUGGGAACAUGCUCGCGGAGAACAAGGACUUCGUCGAGGGCUUCUUGCAGGGCGCCCAGGCGGUGAAGCGAGAAAACUCAAAUUUAUCGCGGUCGUCGGGCGAGGCCAAGCCUACGCAGCGGAAGUCUCCACACAGGAAGCCCGUGACGACGCUACCUACCUCCACAGCGUGAAGACUUGUGCCAAUUACAAGUCAAGUGCGGGUGUUCUGAGUUCAGUGUGUAGCGAUUUCGAGGGUGUGGCUCUCAUAAGUGUUGCCGUCUCAAUUUUCAGAAAUAAGUGA